AUGGGGGAAUUAUCAGAAGAAUGCGCUGUCUUGGCUACAGAUGGGGCAGACGAGAAGGAAGAGAAGAGGCUGCGGCAGCUGCUUCAGGUGAAGACAUUCAAAGGCAAAUAUGCACUCCCUAUUGAGGGGACGGAGACAGCCGACAGCUCAGCUGUCUACCGCGCCGUACCUGACCCCUCAAACCCUACACAAACAAUGUUGGGGGAGCCUGCUAUUCCACAGUUUCCUCAUAUCAAAUCCACGCAUAUGCGUGCGUUUAGGGGUGCUGGAGGCACGCACGUCGGAGGAGCAGCCCGCACGCUGCGCAUGGUGGAGGCGUUGGGGCGUGCGCUCGAUCAGGAGGUUGGGGUUCCUCUGUCGCAUUAUGAUGAAGAGGCGAAUUACAGGGGUAUUGUCACAGUUCCUCUCUACGAUACGCUGGGAGAACCGUCGGUGAAGCAUAUCGUUAAACUAACCAAAAUGGAGGUGUUGGCUGCGGAGGGCUCGAAGCUGGACGCCGCAUUGCAGCUAAAGAAGGAGGGAUUUCCUUUAAAGGCAGUUAUUUCAUUUGAUGAAUACCUCACUAUUCCUGACACCAAAAAACCGGAGGAACUCGAACCUUCUCUGGACGACAUCUGCACAAUUAUAUUUACCUCUGGAACGACGGGUCUACCAAAGGGAGCUGUUCAUACGAACAGCUCUUUAUUAUCAUUUGUUGGGUCGUACAUUGGUAGCAGCAACCGCAUGCAAGU